CGGUUGUUGGUGAACACGGAACUGCUGUCUGCGCUGCGCUCCAUCUCUGCAGACACAGGAGGGAAAGACGUACUCUGAAACGCAGAGUACAUUAGCAUUUUGGACUGACUGGCGUCUGUGUUAUCACUAAUGAUGUUCCACUUGCGGGUGUUGUCCGCAGUUUCGGUGGGGCUAGUGCAGCUGUCCCGGCGUUACCACAGUGGAGCGGUGCGAGGGUCCAGCCGCAGGAGGCUGAUGCUGGCUGCUCUGGCCGGGGUGACUGGUGCGUCUGCUAGUGCCGGGCUGCUCUGGACAAGAGCAUAUGCAGAUGCAGGGCCUUCCGUUCAACACUCUGAGCAACCAGGCAGAGAGGAAGCGGAUUUUGUGAGAGACACAGAUUCUGAGGCAGAGUCAGAGAAAUCGGUGGAGGCCAGCAGUGGAGACGAAGAAGCAAAGGAUGAAGGUGGUGAGGGAAAAAAAAAGAAGCCACGCUCUGGAUUCCGUGACCGCAAGGUGAUGGAGUAUGAGAACAGGAUAAGAGCGUACUCCACUCCGGACAAGAUUUUCCGCUACUUUGCCACGCUGAAGGUCAUUGGCGAGCAUGGAGAUGCCGAGGUCUACAUGACGCCCCAGGACUUCAUACGCUCCAUCACACCUAACGAGAAGCAGCCUGAGAAUCUGGGUCUGGAUCAGUUCAUUGUGAAGCGCUAUGAUGGGAAGGACUUCUGGCAGACGGAGAAGAUCGCCCAGGAGAGGGAGAAGUUUGCAGAUGAGGACAGCAUAUUUUACACACUGGGAGAAUGUGGUCUUAUCUCCUUCUCUGACUACAUCUUCCUCACCACUGUGCUGUCCACUCCCCAGAGGAACUUUGAGAUUGCCUUCAAGAUGUUUGAUCUGAACGGUGAUGGAGAGGUGGAUCUGGAGGAGUUUGACCAGGUCCAGAGCAUCAUUCGUUCCCAGACCAGUAUGGGCAUGCGACACCGCGACCGCUCUACCACAGGAAACACCCUGAAGACAGCCGGCUGCAGCUCCGCUCUCACCACCUACUUCUUUGGAGAAGACCUGAAAGGAAAACUCACCAUCGGCAGCUUUCUGGAGUUUCAGAGGAAGCUCCAGCAUGAUGUGCUCAAACUAGAGUUCGAGAGAAACGAUCCUGUGAACGGCAGAAUCUCUGAGAGACAGUUUGGGGGCAUGCUGCUGGCCUACAGUGGCGUCCAGUCUCGAAAGCUCAAGCAGAUGCAGAAGGGCUUGAAGAAGAUGUUUAAGGAUGCACAGGGCAUCACUUUUGAAGAGGUGGAGAAUUUCUUCACUUUCCUAAAGAACGUGAAUGACGUUGACACAGCCCUGAGCUUCUACCACAUGGCUGGAGCCUCCAUAGACAAAGCUACCAUGAAGCAGGUGGCCCGCACCGUGGCCAAAGUGGAGCUGUCAGAUCACGUGUGCGACGUGGUGUUCGCUCUGUUCGACUGUGACGGGAACGGCGAGCUGAGUAAUAAAGAGUUCAUAGCCAUUAUGAAGCAGCGGCUGAUGCGUGGGCUGGAGAAACCCAAGGACAUGGGCUUCACUCGGCUGGUGCGCGCCAUGUGGAAGUGUGCCCAGGAUACUGCCUGGGACUUCGCCACACCAAAGGCACAAUAGAGGCGGGAGGCAACGUGUGAGCGGGAGAGAAAAGACAGCGUUUGAAUAAAGCAACAACACCUGUAGCGUCAAAGACACUCUCCUUCAACAGGUGUCGAGAAUUUAAAUAGACAAUUAAUGCAACAAAGUCACUAGGACUGCAGCGCUGAGGGGCAUCAUCAAUCAUUAACGCAUGUUGCUGUAGUUCAAACUAUCAAUAUAGUGACUGAAGCAUGCUGAUGCAACACAGUGUGUCCUGAAAGGCUUCUCUAGCUUGCCUGUGCAAGGCAUCGGGGCUAUUUGUAUAUCUUAAAAUAUACAAAGUUUGUAUGUUUAUUUUUGCCAUAUUCAACAGAGGAAUGCGGGGUCAGCAGGUGAGUGUGUGACCUGUGGUCAAACGCUAAAAAGCAACACUUUUGUAUUCAUAUUAAACACAUUGUACAGCUGUAUAAAUGCCGCAGUAUGUCUGCUCCGUGCCGACAACAGGCUCUUAGGUAUUUCUUUCGGGCAAAGAGCAGAAGGCUGUAAUCUUGUUAGCACCUCUUCAUUCAGUCUGCUAGCACAAGCUGCGUCUUCACGCCUAGCAUUCUGUUUCCAGAAAAGAUCAAUCAUGCUUGUCUUGCUCUACAAUGUACUGUUCAGAGUGUGUAUCCUAAUUAUUACUGCUCACUGAAACACUUUAUAUAUGUUAAAAGAAAUGCUCUAUUAAAGAUGUUUUGAAUAAUGUAAAGCUGAUUGAGAAUUGGGUGUAACAUUUUUGGGCAAACGUUCACAGCUGAUUGUAUGCAGCGACUCUUGAGUGUGUGCCAGAGGAAGAAAAAGAUGCUAAUGUGUGUGUGUGUGUGCGAGAGCAGUCAGCAGCUUCGUCUAAUUGAAAUGGACAGGACGGGCAGUCCUCAGCCUCCGCUGCCCAUUCGGGCACACGCUGCUGCAUUGGCCUCAAACGAGCUGGCCCGCUCUCGCACUCAUUGUGACUGACAGACGGAAGUGCUACUCGGGAGUGAUUGCUAGGCAGGAGAUUAGGUUUCAGGGCCUCUCAUCAGUAUUCCUCAGCUGUGUUCUUUCCCGACUUCAAGUCUGGCAUCAACAAUCACAUGGAACCUAAAAUGAUGUGAAAACUUGUGAAAACCGAGCAUCACAAAAAGAGAGAGAAGAGCAUGCAUUUGUUUUUAAACUAAUCAAGUGGUGGUUUUAAAUGGUUAACAUUAAGAUGUUUGAGAAUUUUCUGAACCUAUAACAUCCAAGGCCUUAGUUUCUCAGAAAAAUUCUAAAUGACUUAAAUUGGAGUUAAGCCAACUAACAGUAAUAUUCAUGGUCAACUAAUCUGUUAAC